AAAAAAUAAAAAUAAAAAAAAUAAAAAAACUGAGAUUCAGUUAGAUUCUGAAAAAUAAUCUUUUCGCUUCCUUGACGUCUUCAAAUUCAAGAAGCUAAAGCCAUAGCCAAUAGCCCCUAAAAAGCAAGGUUUUUUUUAAAAUUUUUUUGGUUUCUGAAAUUAAUUUUUCGGAGCCUGCUAGGUUUAAACGUUUGGAGCUGAGGAAUCAGAGAGAGAGAGAGAGAUGAGCAAUCUGAGAAGUAUCUGUAGGCCCCACACAGUGUUCUUAUCAUCGUUGAUAUGUUGCAGAAACCAAGCUUAUUCUAGGGUUUCAUUUCGGAAAUCUGACUACAAAUCUCGGUUGCCUCCGCUGCCUUUUUUUUCUCAUCGAUUCGAUUCGCUGGGUUCUAAAGGGACUGAAUCUUGGUUUCGUGUCAAUCAGAGAAGGACUUUGGUUAGGGCAUCCAAUUGGACCGAUCAGAAAUCACCUUACGAAACCCUUGAAUUGGAAAGGGAUGCUAAUGAAGAAGAAAUAAAGAUUGCAUACAGACGCUUGGCCAAAUUUUACCAUCCUGAUGUGUAUAACGGUAGAGGGACUCUCGAGGAGGGGGAAACAGCUGAAGCUAGAUUUAUUAAAAUUCAAGCUGCUUAUGAGUUGCUCAUAGAUGAAGAGAAAAGGAUGCAAUAUGAUAAGGAUAACCGAGUCAACCCUAUGAAGGCAUCUCAAGCAUGGAUGGAGUGGCUUAUUAAGAAGCGGAAAGCAUUUGAUCAACGAGGUGAUAUGGCUAUAGCAGCUUGGGCUGAGCAGCAGCAACGAGAGAUGAAUCUUCGUGCACGUCGUCUUUCUCGUUCAAAGGUUGAUCCUGAAGAAGAGAAGAGAAUCCUGGCUAAAGAAAGAAAGGCAUCGGCAGAAUAUUUCUCCAGUACCCUUAAGCGGCAUACACUUGUGUUGAAGAAAAGGGACUUGCUCCGCAAGAAGGCAGAGGAAGAGAAAAGAAAGAUGAUUAGGCAGCUUUUAGCUGCAGAGGGUCUUGAGCUUGACACAGAUGAGGAAGAAGCAAGGUAGACAAUGUUCUACAUUGACUUCCCACAUAUUAUUAGAUUUUCUGUUGGUAACGCUCCUAUGCAUAUUUUAUUGUACAAAAAAGGAGAAGAAACUGUAUAUAUUAUUUCUUUAUAAUUCAAAGAAAACCACAAGUAGAAAAGUCUUUUACCAAUGCAAGUUCUCUCUUUCAGUC